CGUAGAUCGUCCUCGCCGGGAACCCCUCCCCCCCCUCUUAGGAUUUCCCGGGCUUGCGGCGGUGAUGAAGUUUGAGACUGCCAGAGAACUAGCAUACCAAGCCCUGUCUACAAUACACUACACCACUAAAGCCCGAGGCAUUUUCUGAAUUGGGUUGGUUCGAUUAGUCCGCCUUGGAAGCUCAAAAGACACACGCUGUUGAGAAUGGGAACGAUUCCCACUGGCUGAAUCAGUUCGGAAUCCUCCGUUGGGUUUUAGGCGACGACAUCCAUGUCAGAGUGGUUGGUUGACAAGAUGGGACGAAUUCAAAAUUGGGCGAUAUAGGCAGGGGAUGGCGGAGGAGAGGCCGGUACCGAAUGGCCCCUCAUGUCUGUCUGUGGGCUCCAGGGUAGUGUGCUUUGGGCCGAUCGUCAUGCUUGCUGUCCUGCAGCGGAAUCCCAAGUCCCGGACCCCUAUAUCUGAUAUUCCCCCCGGUGAUAACACCAGGUGCUACGCAGCAUCAUAUCAACCAGCGUUAGAGAGCGGCCACGGGACGCAAGCAGGCUCCCGAUCACCGGGAAGGUUGUGCCCCAAAUCGACAAUCGACGGCUUCACCAAUUGGUCCAGACUGCUGAGCUCGCGGGUUCUAGAGGCUCUGUCUGGUCCUGUCAAACACUGUCAGCCAGCCACCAACGCCGACGCCGACGCCGACGCCGACGCCAAGAUCCGGUGCUCUCUAACCACCACUUCAGGGCCUGUACACGAUGUGUCUACUUGUAUCAGUAUUCGACCGGUGAUUUUAUUAUCUCAUCCCGCGCGCUUUGGCGGUGGGGUUGUCACGCAGGCCUGUUGCGGCUCCACCAACCUGACGACCGCAUCUGGCUUCUGGUAUUUGGUCGCAGGAAGCCAGCCACAGGCCCGGCGGGAAGUGAAAUUCGAUUCCCGGAAGACAUCGGACGAACCUCUGAAUCCUGGUUCGGGGUGACAGGUUUCAUCCCGAGCCGCCGAAGAGACGC